AUGGAAUAAAAUAUUUCAAUAAAAUGUCCAAUUCAUAGAAGAGAAUUAAUAGUAACAGGAUGUAUUAAUCCUAAUUGCAAUCGCUCACCUUUGAUUUGUCAAAUGUGUCCAGAUUCCCAUAGUGAUCAUUAUUCAAAUAUAGUUCAAAUAUCUGAAUGGCUUUAAAAAGUUGCAAAGACUAUUCAAGAAGGCUCAAAAACCUUAAAAUAGAUAAGAGACAUCAAUUAAAUAGAUUCUGUUUUAAAAUGGUGUGAAGAUAAUGAAAUGCAUCUUAAAAAAGUAGACGAGCAUUGUAAAGCCUAAAAAGCCUUGAUAAAUGAAGAUUUUAAUUAUCUAAAGGAUCUUUUUGUGGAAAAAUGCAAUUAAGCACAAGCAUAAUUAGAAUAAGAUAUAGAAGACUUUUAUACAAAAUAUAAAGAACAAUUUAAAAUUUGUAAACUAAUUAUGGAUGACUCAUAUAUUUUAUAGAAGUAAUGUAAUCCUUAUAGCAAUGUGCAUAACCUUAUAUUAAAACUAUAGUAAUCCAAUCCAAAAGAAGCUUAAGAAUUGAUAACUUAAAUCAGAAAAUUAAUAAACAAACCCUAUGAUCCAAUAGAAAAUAUUAAGUAGUGUGCAGAUUCAAUAACUGAAAUGACUUAUAACCUCCCAGUGUUUGCAUUUUAAGAUGGCAUAGAUAGUUUUGUAAAUUAAUUGGCAGAUUAGAUACACAACCACUUUAAAACCAAAUUAAACAUUACAUUACCUAGAAAGAUAGUUUCCCCCAUUAAAUACUAACCAAAAAAUCUACAUAAACAAUAUUCUUUACCAACUGAAAAUAUGACUAACAAUUACAACAGCAAUUAAAAUACAACUAAAUCCCCGCGUUUAAAUCAAAAAUUAACAUUUUCUCCCUAAAAUAGCAUAGCUUUACAUUCUAAAACUAUAGUAGGGUAAUGUAGUGAUUUUACUUUGAAGCCAUUAAAGAAAUAUUAAUUAGACUUUUGUGUUUCAGCAAUUGAAGUUGUAACUCCAUAGGUAAUUGCGAUGACAUGUAGCAAUGAUCCACAUUUAAGAGUUUUUGAUACGAUAUAAAAACGCAUUCAUACAUUGUCUACUCAUACGACUCCAAUCAUUCAAAUACAUAAAUCGAUAGAUACAGUUGCUCCAUUGUAAUAACAUAAUAAUUAAAAAUCCUAAACAUAUUUAUUCACAUUAUCUAAUGAGUUGUUAGUGGUUUGGGCUUUCGAUUUUACUAAUACUUAAAUGAUAGUCCCACAUAUUUAUCAUAAAUACCUAUUUAAUAAUUAAAUUACUUAGAGUUGCUAUUUACAAGAUAAUUCUUGUAUUGUUGUUGGAGACUCAGUUGGGACAGUGGAAGUUUACAACUUUUAGUAAUCUAAAUUAUAAUAGAAUGGAAUUAAGGGAAAACAUUAGAAAUAGAUAUCAUCUAUUUUAUUAUUGAAAAAACAUGAUAAGUUUAUUUGUAGUUCUUAUGAUUAAACUUUAUCUAUUUGGAAAAUGUUAUACAAUUAGUAAUCCUUUGAAAAUACUUAUUGCGAAUCUAUUAUUCAAUGUGGAAAUAUGCUUGGUCAAAUUUAAAUAAUUAAUUAGUUUUAAUCGAAUCCAAAUUUACUGUUAGUUGGAAAUCUAGAAGGGUCAUUAAAGAUAGUCAAUUUGAUGAAUCAAUGUGUCAUUUUAGAAUCAGAUAUUCAAAAAAAUACCAAUUCGAUCUGUGAUUUUAUUAUUGCAGAAGAUGCUAAUAAAGAAACAAUUUCUGUGAUAACUUACUUAUAAUCAAGCAAAUCACUAAGAUUUUGGAGAUUGUAGAAUAACGAUAUGGGAUGGGCUUAAAAUGAAUAGAAGAUCGAAGUUGCUUUAUCUUUAUCUGAGAAUAUGAUCAGAUCUAAACUUUAAUUGGUUUAAAUGCCUUCCAGCUCAUAAAAUACUGUAGUUCUAAUAGCUAAUGAAAUAAAUAAAGAAUUGUUAGUUUAUGAAAUUAUAAAUAAAUAGUGA